AUGUCUACCAGGACGCCGUUGCCUACUGUAAAUGAGCGUGAUAACGAAAACAACGCCUCCCUGGAUGGUUUCGCGGAGCCGCCAGUCCCCUCCGCACCCACGCCCGCACCCGCCGCCAAAUCCAGCAGCCGCCAGAGUCUCCCACGCUGCCGUAACUUCAGCACCGAGGAGCAGCCUCACGUCAGCAACUACCGCCUGCUCAAGACUAUUGGCAAAGGCAAUUUCGCCAAAGUCAAAUUGGCCCGGCAUGUUCUGACGGGACGAGAGGUCGCUGUGAAAAUAAUUGACAAAACACAGCUGAAUCCCACAAGUCUACAGAAGCUCUUCAGAGAAGUUCGCAUAAUGAAGAUUUUAAAUCAUCCAAAUAUAGUGAAACUGUUUGAAGUCAUUGAGACAGAGAAAACCCUGUACCUAGUGAUGGAGUAUGCCAGUGGAGGUGAGGUGUUUGACUACCUAGUGGCUCACGGAAGAAUGAAAGAAAAAGAAGCCCGAGCGAAAUUUCGACAGAUCGUCUCCGCUGUGCAAUACUGUCAUCAGAAAAGGAUUGUACACAGAGAUCUCAAGGCAGAGAAUUUGCUGUUGGAUGCUGAUAUGAACAUUAAGAUAGCAGACUUUGGUUUCAGUAACGAGUUUACAGUGGGGAGUAAACUGGACACGUUCUGCGGAAGUCCUCCAUAUGCAGCACCCGAACUCUUCCAGGGGAAGAAAUACGACGGCCCAGAGGUGGACGUGUGGAGUUUAGGGGUCAUUCUGUACACCCUCGUCAGCGGAUCUCUGCCUUUCGAUGGCCAGAACUUAAAAGAGUUGAGAGAGCGGGUGCUGAGGGGGAAGUAUCGGAUCCCGUUCUACAUGUCAACAGACUGUGAAAACCUACUUAAGAAACUCCUGGUGCUGAAUCCUGUCAAACGUGGUAGUUUAGAGCAAAUCAUGAAGGACAGGUGGGUGAAUGUGGAUCAUGAGGAAGAGGAGCUGAAACCGUACAUUCAGCCUGAACCUGAUUUCAGUGACACAAAGAGAAUAGAUCUGAUGGUGACUAUGGGCUAUGCUAAGGAUGAGAUCACAGAAUCUCUGCUGGGACAGAAGUACGAUGAGGUCAUGGCGACUUACCUCCUGCUGGGCAGAAAACCUCCAGAGUUUGAAGGGAGCGAGCCCAUGUCAAACAUCAACCUGUGUCAAAGGCCACGACCCAGCAGUGACUUCAACAACAGCUCCACCCAUUCCCCCACCCACCCCAAGGUUCAGCGCAGCAUAUCAGCCACUCAGAAACAGCAACGGAGGUUCAGCGACCACGGUGAGCAUGUUUCUCAGCUCUUGGGACCAACCAUCCCAGCGGCUGUGUCCUACACUAAGCGUGCUCAGGCAAACAGUGUGGAGAGUGAGCAGAAGGAGGACUGGGAUGCCUCACACAAGCUGGUCAGCUCCUGCUCCAAGAGUGAAGUGCCCGCCUCUCCGCUGGGCGUCCAGGAGAGGAAGAAAUCAGCUGCAGCUGCAGGGAGUAAUGGAGGAAUGGCCCGCAGGAACACAUAUGUGUGUGAACGCUCCACUGAUCGCUACUCAGCCAUUCCUAAUGGCAAAGACAGCAGUCUGACAGAGGUGUCUGGGAGCACAGCGUCUGCCCCGGGGGCGUCGUCAGCCCUGGGCUCUACACGGCCCAGACAUGUGAAGUCCACAUCAGCCCCGGGACACUCCUCUAAAAGCACACUUCCCCCCAUAGAGGACAACAGCGAGUACAAAUCAGGGUCUGCUUCGCAUGCUCCGUCCACCUCCCCCUCUGCCCACAGCAUCACCACCCCAGAGAGAACGCGUUUCCCCAGGGGGAGCUCCAGCCGGAGCACCUUCCACGGAGCCCAGCUCCGGGACCGCCGCAGCGCCGUCUACAACGGCCCCCCAGCCUCGCCCACCCUCUCCCAUGACACAGGGGCUCUCACACAGGCACGCAGGGGCACGUCCACCGGCAUCAUCAGCAAGAUUACUUCCAAAUUUGUUCGCAGAACUUUGUCUUUCAGGUCCUCCGUGAGGGCUCCGAGUGAAGGUGAGGCCAGCGGCAGAACAGAUCCUACAAGGAGCAUUUCUGGAGAGUCCAAGGAGGAGAGCAAAGACACCAAACCACGCUCCUUACGCUUCACCUGGAGCAUGAAGACCACGUCUUCCAUGGAUCCCGGAGAUAUGAUGCGUGAGAUCCGCAGGGUGCUGGACGCCAACAACUGCGACUAUGAACAACGUGAGCGCUUCCUGCUCUUCUGUGUCCACGGUGACGCACGGCAAGAUAACCUGGUCCAAUGGGAGAUGGAGGUCUGCAAGCUGCCCCGCCUCUCACUUAACGGCGUACGCUUCAAGAGGAUAUCAGGCACAUCGAUCGCGUUUAAGAAUAUCGCAUGCAAGAUCGCAGAUGAGUUGAAGCUGUGA